AAUGAAAAGAUUAUAUAGUUUAGCAAUGCUAUUAUUGUUAGUUUCAGCAACUACAGUUACAAAGUAAGAUAUUGAAUAGUUAACUAAUAUAGUAAUUAAGGUGUUAUGGAUUCAUAUGUUAAUCCAGGACUGUAAUCUUCAAUAGAUGAAUUAACAUAAUCAAAAAUUGGACAUAUGGUUAUUGAUUUAGCUGAAGUUACUAUGAGAGUUACUGGAGCUGUUGAUUCAUUAGUAGAAGGAGUCAAAGCCUUUGGUCGUUAAAUUGAAGAGAGAUUGAAUUUGGAAAAUACACAAUGGGAAGUUGUUGAAAGUGAACAUAAUGCUAAAGUUAUUUCACUUAGUUCAUAAGCUAAUUAAGCUGAAUUUGAUAUUAAUAGAGAAAAGAAAGUAUUAAAUUCUGAAUUGAUUCCAAGACUUCAUGAAUUAGAUGAUGUAUUUAUUAUAAUCUUAAACAAAUUAAUAGAUCUUAUUAGGACUUAAAGCUAAAUAAACAGAUAAUGCAUAAUCAUUUAAAGAAGCUGAAGCUGCUAGAAAUUCAUAACAUGAUUCAUUUGUAUUAACAACAACUGAAUUUACUGAUGCAUUAAGAAAUAUUGAUGAAGCAUUAGAUUUAUUAAGUGAUUUAUUUAAAAGUGGUGAAGUUAGAGCUGCAUUCAUUGAANUUAACUUAUAUUUUAUUAAAUCAAAUGAAUAUGAUACUAAAUUAAAACAUUUAUAUCAUUAGAAUAAAUAAAAUUAAAUAACAUAUAAAAAAUAAAUUUUUUAUGAUAAAAUGAUUUCUUAUGGUAUUCGAAAUUUGGUUUUGUGCCUCUAUAUGAAUUUAAUAAAAUGA